AUGGUCGGACUCGGUCCUAAGCAGCCCCCUUCCCGCAAGGGGUCCAUGCAUGAGGUGCCUCAGGAUCUCCUGGGCCCCAUCCAGGAUUUCGAGAAGGCCUUCACGGUGGACAAGUCCAAGCUGAAGGAGAUUGUGAACCACUUCGUGAAGGAGCUCGAGAAGGGUUUGACGGUGGAGGGCGGCAACAUUCCCAUGAACGUGACUUGGGUGAUGGGCUUCCCCGACGGCCAUGAGGAGGGAACCUACCUCGCCCUCGACAUGGGCGGUACCAACCUGCGUGUCUGCGAGAUCACAUUGACCAAGGAGAAGGGUGCUUUCGACAUCACACAAUCCAAGUAUAAGAUGCCCGAUGAGCUGCGCACCGGUACCGCCGAGGAGCUCUGGGAGUACAUCGCCGACUGCCUGCAGCAGUUCAUCGAGACCCACCACCAAGAGAAGAACAUCGCCAAGAUCCCUCUCGGUUUCACUUUCUCUUACCCCGCCACCCAGGAGUACGUGGACCACGGUAUCCUGCAGCGCUGGACUAAGGGUUUCGACAUUGACGGCGUUGAGGGCAAGGAUGUUGUCCCUCCUUUGGAGGAGAUCCUGAAGAAGCGGGGCCUCCCCAUUAAAGUGGCUGCUCUGAUUAACGACACCACUGGUACCCUCAUUGCCUCGGCCUACACCGACGACGCCAUGAAGAUCGGUUGCAUCUUCGGCACCGGUGUCAACGCCGCAUACAUGGAGAACGUGGGAUCUGUGCCCAAGCUCGCCCACAUGAACCUGCCCGCCGACAUGCCCGUCGCCAUUAACUGCGAAUACGGUGCUUUCGAUAACGAGCACAUUGUCCUCCCCCUCACCAAGUACGACGAGAUCAUUGACCGUGACUCUCCCCGCCCCGGUCAGCAGGCCUUCGAGAAGAUGACUGCCGGUCUCUACCUCGGCGAGAUCUUCCGUCUCGCCCUGGUCGACCUGAUCGACAGCCACCCCGGUCUUAUCUUCAAGAACCAGGACGUCUCCAAGCUGCGCAAGCCCUACCUUUUGGACGCCUCCUUCCUGGCCAACAUCGAGGAGGACCCCUUCGAGAACCUUUCCAACACUCUGGACCUCUUCAAGAGCGAACUGAACAUCCAGACCACCGAGGCUGAGCGCGUGCUGGCCCGUCGUCUCUCUGAGCUGAUUGGUACCCGUGCCGCCCGUCUCUCUGCCUGCGGUGUUGCCGCGAUCUGCACCAAGAAGAACAUCGACUCUUGCCACGUCGGUGCUGACGGUUCUGUCUUCACCAAAUACCCUCACUUCAAGGCACGUGGCGCCAAGGCUCUGCAAGAGAUUCUUGACUGGCCCGCCAACGUGACUGACCGGGUUGACAUCCUGGCUGCCGAGGAUGGAUCUGGUGUCGGUGCCGCUUUGAUUGCCGCUUUGACCCUCAAGCGUGUCAAGGCUGGCAACCUGGCUGGUAUCCGUAACAUGGAUGACAUGAAGACCCUUCUUUAA